UGAUUGUAAUUCUCGUGAUGGGUAAUGAUAAGAAAUGUAUGCGUCCACCUCCGGAGACAUCCAAUCGCUAUAAAUUGAAAUACAAAAGAUGACAACCCACGAGUUGCAUCAACAGUCGUGCCUCUAACAAAGUAAAGGCUAUCAACUCCGAGAUGUCAUCAGUUCUGUUGUUUAUUGAUAUUUAACCAAUUUAAUAAAAAGUUAACUGUAUAAGAGUAUUCCUUUCAAUUGUACGUGCGCGGAUACGGCUUUAAAAAUUACUAAAUUUUUUAAAAUUAUAGUUUUAUCAGUGAUUGUUUAAUGAAAUCUAAAAAGACAAUGGAAGUUACUAAAAUUAUGCCUCCGGAAGAACCAGGGAAAUACCGGCAAUUUUUAGUUGCAAUUAUUGUGAACAUUUCAAGUUUGGUGUAUGGAAUAAUGAUCGGAUGGGCAUCUCCAACAAUACCGCUACUAAAAAGUGCCGAAACACCAGUUGGCCAAACACCAUUAAAUGAUGAUCAAGUGUCAUGGUUAAUCAGUAUAAUGUGUUUAGGUGGUGUUAUAGUACUGCCACUUUGCGGGUGGAUAUCAGAAAAAUUCGGGCGAAAAAUAACCGGAUACACCAUGGGAAUUCCUUACGUCACUUGUUGGCUUUUAACACUUUUCGCAACUAACUACUGGUAUCUGUUAAUUGCGAGAGUUUUUGCGGGUUUCGGCGGUGCAAUAUGUUUCUUUUUGGUGCCUAUGUACGUUGCCGAGACAGCUGGUGACAGUAUUAGAGGACAACUUGGUAGUUUGAUGGUAUUUGCUGUCAACAUUGGUAUUUUAAUGGGAUACAUACUAGGAGCUGUUAUGUCUUAUCAAUUAUUUGCAAUAAGUUCUCUUGUAUUGCCUAUGGUUUUCCUCGGAUCCUUUGCAUUUUUGCCCGAAACGCCAUCCUAUCUUGUUCGUAAAGAUCGCAUGAAUGAUGCUGCCAAGUCCUUGAUGUGGCUGAAAAAUGGCGACAAGUCGGCUGCUGACCGUGAAUUAUUGAGACUCCAAUCGCUUGUUAAAGAGACUUCUGAUGUCAAUGAAGCCGUAGGACUUAGAGACUUAUUCCGAGACAAAGCAACUAUCAAAGGUCUGGUCAUAGGUAUCACGCUGUUGUGCGGACAACAGACAUGUGGAAUUUCAGCUAUGCUCUCUUACACAGCAAUGAUUUUUCAAAUUGCCGGAAGUUCACUGAGCCCAAAUUCAGCUACAAUUGUUGUCGGUGCUAUUCAAAUAUUUGGAUCUUGGCUCUCAACGAUACUGAUGGAACGCGCUGGAAGAAGACCUCUUAUUCUUAUCUCUUGUAUGGGAAUGCUUGUUUGUCAUUUCAUCCUCGGUUUAUUCCUCUAUUUGCAGUACAAAUUGUACGACGUUUCGUCAUUCGGAUGGAUUCCAUUACUUGCACUUUCGGUUUACGCAGUUGUUUAUUGCGUCGGAAUGGGACCCGCGCCCUUUAUUGUAGCAGCCGAAGUUUUUAGCCCAGAUGUUGCUUCACUUGCUAAUACAGUCAAUAUGAUUUGUUUGUUUCUCUCCGCGUUUUUAGUUAUUAAAUUAUUCCCUCUAUUGAUUGCUAUUUUGGGAAUAUACGGAUGCUUCUUCUCCCUGGGAGCUUGUUGUGGUUGUACCUUUUUAUUUACGUUAUUUUUCGUACCGGAGACCAAAGGCAGAAGUAUUGAAUCCAUUCUCGAUGAGCUUAACGGUUUAUCAGGUCAAUUUAAAGAAAAGGGGUAUGUUAAAGCUGCUGUUGAUGUUAAUGAAAAAAAUUUACAGUCUUCUAAUGUUUAAUUUAUUUUGAUUAUUUUAAUGACCAUGGAGAUAUUAAAGUUAAGUACAUCUCGAACUCACUUGAAAAAAACCGUCUCUCUCCAUUUUUUUUUACUUUUACUGGAGGCAAAAAGCAAUGCACGGUAAAAAAUCGGGAGUGAAUUCGGAGUGAUUACAGAUUUUAUUUAAAUCCAAAUUCAAUCCGUCACUCGGAAUUUUAGAAAAGAUUCACUCCGCAUAUGAAGUAAAUAGAGUUUGUUUUUUAGCGGAGUGAUUUCGGAAUGAUCCGGAUUUUAUUUAACCCCGAAUUCAUUCCGAUUUAGAGUUUUAAUAUUAAAAUAAAUUUCUCUUUAGAAUUAAUUUCACUCUAAGGAGAUUAAAAAAAUAAACAGUCAUCUGAUCCGGAUUCACCCUGAUUAGAAAAUACGAUUUGUGACGAUUGAAAACGAUUAAAAAUUUAGUCGUCAUUGAUCGUCUUUAAUAGUCAUAAUCGUCAUGGUUUUUCGCAUUUAAUCGUCUCUAAUCGUGAAAAGACGAUUUAUUAUUUCACGAUAAAAAACGUUUAAUGACGUUUAAAAUUCGAAUCGUCAUAAAUUAUUUUUAAUCUUUAUGUGGGACCAGACAUUGCAAUAUUAUUUCACGAUUAAAAACGAUUCAUGAUGAUUAAAAAUUUCAAAUCUUCAUAAAUCGUUUUUAAUCUUCAAGAGGGACCAGGAAUGGCAAUGUUACUUCACGAUUAAAGACGAUUUAUGACGAUUAAAAAUUUCAAAUCGUCUUUAAUCGUAAAAUAAAUAUUGCAAUUUCUGGUCCUGCAUGAGAAUUAAAAACGAUUUAAAACUAUUAAAAAUUGAAUCGUUUUUAAUCACCAUUAAUCAUCAAUUGACGAUUCAAAACGAUGAAAACAUUUCUAAUCGACAUUAAUCGUAGUUUCUAAUCAGGGCAAUCCGCAUUUACUCCGGAUUCGCACAAAUUUUUUAAACAUUUUUUUUUAAAAAGUGAUUGAAAAUUUAGUUCGUUUUAUUUAUGAACGAAAUUUAUGAAUAAAUUAUCUGUCAAAUGUUAUGAAUUUUGGUCUAGUUGAGCAUAUUUGAAUAAGUGUAAAAAUGAUUUUUACAUAAGUGAAUCAGCCGGGACCGAACAAGUGUUAGCAGAACACAUCUCAUCGCUUUGCAAAUGAGUUGUGCAAUAUAAUAAUUUUUGUUCAAACAUAGAUAAAUAUUUACAUACACGAAAUAUGUAGAUAUUCUAGUUCACUCGGAAAAAAAUUACUGUUUAAAAUAUAUUUGAAGAAUUUUGAUAUUUGAAACAGCAGUUUCCGUAAUUCACAGAAGUAAUUUGUUUACUUCACAGUAGUACUCUUACAAUUCAAAGUAUUGUUUUUAUAAUUUUAAUAGUUACUUUAUAUUUUGCAAUUACUAUCGUAUAUAUUUUUUUUUGUGAAAAAUGUAAUUUACUCAACUGAUGUACAUAAAAAAUUGUUUUUUGAGGCGUUAGUAAAUCAUAUAGCACAUUUGCGCUUAAAUGUUUUUUAUAAAUGACAAAUUCCAAGUAAAUGCGUAAAAAACUUAAAAAAUAUCAUUUAUGAGGUUUGCUAAUAAGAAUAUCGGUAUCUGAAUAUUUAUAUAUUUUUAUUGACAAUGAAAGGUGAAAAAACUUAAUAGUACUUUUUUUAAAACUUUUUAAUGUAAAAAUUUUUAUUUAGAUUAGCAAUAAAUAUUUUUAAGAGACUGAAUUAUUAUUUGUAUGUAAAAA